CAUUAUCCUUCACGUAUCACGUGAAAAUUAAAUAUCGGUAUUUGAACGCCUACAUCAGUUAGAUGACGGCGAUACGCCGUGUGUUAACAGGUCAUGGGGGCCUGUUUCGGCCGCUGCAUUUCCAAAGUUACAGACUCCUUAUCGUACAGGUUUUAUCAAAGACACACCAGUAUGUCCUACCAAGGAGACGAACAAGUUGAGUUUAUAGAUGACAAAGGAGAUGCAGACCAACCUAGAGGAUCAAAAACCCUGUUAUCGUUUCUCUCCUUAAACCGGUUCAAGAAAAAACAUGGGGUUCCUGUAACAUUGGAAUUAUUGGAAGAUGGAGCAUGGUCAAAGGGUACUAAUAAAUAUGCCAGAUUAAACUCUAGGAAUGAUGCUUCUACAAGUUCUGGUCUAGAUACUCCACUUCAAAUUCUUGAUGCAAGAACAUUAAUGAAACAACAAACAUGCGUUUCUUCCACUCCUGGCUCAUCAUUAGAUUUGGAAUGGGAACAUGAAGGAAUGCCUCUGCCAGUUAUAGAUGAUGAAAAAGUUGAGAGUACAGAUGGUUCUAUAACUCAAACAUCAGUAAAUAAUAGCCAACCCUCUAGUUUGACAGCAUCUCCUUGGUCUAGGGUGUCGACACCAAAUAGUUUAGAAUGGGAUCCGGUAGAAGCCGAUAUGGUAUGUGUUGAUUUAGAGACUGAACAGCUUUUGACUGAAAUAGAAAGAUUAACAGAUAGAGCGUUAAAGGAAACAGGAGAAUGGACUAAUGCUAGUUGAUAAAUAAUGCAUUUACAAUUAAACAGGAUUGUUUGUAUUUUUGUAUUACAAAAAAAGAGUACACAAUGGAAUUAACAUAUAUAAAGUACUUUUAGGAAGCAAAAAAAAAGAUUUUAUUGUUUCAAUAUUUGUAUUGUUGAAACAAUAUGAAGAUAUAUUUAUAUUGUUUCAAGGUAUAUAUACAUACAUGUGUAAGUUAAUAUAAUUCACAUAGAUUUUAAAGAAAGGUAUAUUAUCUGCUAAUACUUUUCAACAGAUUAUUACUAAAAAAAAUUGCCAACUAAAAACAAAAAUUUUUUAUAUUAUGCGUAUAUAUAUUUUUUACACUCGUAAAAAACUCUUUCAUUUGACACCUUGAGUUUAAAAAAUAAAGAUGAGGAUAUUAUAUAUUGCAUUGAGAAUACUUUUAUUCUGAUUUCGCUCGACUUCCACGAGACAAUAACUUUCUUCUUAUUGAUAAUUUUUGCAUCACAUCUUUUAAAAGAACCUCAUUUUUUAAUAUUAUUUUAAUACUUUAGUUAAUAGUCAUAUUACUUAUUUAUUUCUAAACCAAAGAUUUUUUCUUUCAUUAGAUUAGUUUGCUGUGAACGAUAUUGAUCUCGUUUUUUUCCGUACACAUACCGUAUUACAGUGUCAUAUUAUACUACUUUAACCUUUUGAAGCAUAAAAAAGUAACAUGAAAAGAAAAAUUGUUUCAUUUUUUAAUUUUGUAUAAAAGAUGAAUUUUCUAUCCAAAUACCAUAGCAGAAAAGGACCUAUAUAAAUGGCCAAUUGUGCUUCAAAUGGUUAAACAGUACAUAUCAUAGUAACAAUAUAAAUUUUCUUAUGUUUGGAAAGUUUACUAUGCAUUAUUUAACCUAGAUAGGAGAAAAAAUUUUAAGACGGAAAUUAAAAAUAAAAUAUAUCAGGUGCUAUCAAUGGAAUAUAUUUUUUGCGAGUGAAAUUAUGAUCAGUUUUUUCCGGAGGAAAUUUCUUUUGUAGCUUGUUGUUGGUAUAAUUAGCCAUAUUUUAUACAAGAAGGGCUAUUAAAUAGUCUAAAUAAGUCUAGUCACAAUGAAAUUCUGUGAAUCUCCUUAAAAUCCGAAAUGAGGGAAAGGGAGGGCGGGAGAGGAUGAGGCGGUACCGAUGUAAUAUUAGUGUUGAUACACAUAUUGGGUGUACAAAAACAUGUUUCUACUGAAGUUAAAUUAUUAUAAAAUGAUUAGGUUACAAGUAUAGAUAGAGUGUCGAUUACUGAUGGAUAAAUGGUUUUCAAACCGAGGUAGGCUGCCUUACAAUAAACAGAAAAUGUAUAAAAAUUCGCUAAUAUGCUCGUAAACUUUGAUUGCAUCACGUCUGCGACUUUGUUGCGUUUACAAUUGUGUAAUUUGUAAGAUCAUAAGUUUGCUGAUAAUUUGCAUCAUGAGCGAAUCAAAAUGUAUGCAGCAAUCGUAUAGAUAAUAAUAACGUUAAUGAUAAUGAAAAUGUUAAAUGAUAAAGAUGCAGUAUGUUAAUGAUUCAGUGCCAUGGCUGUUUAUGCACUCCAGAGGUUUUAUCUCUCGUCAUAAUUUAUUUUAAAUUCCAAAAAUUGAAAUUAAGUUUUGGUGAUACAUAUUAUAUAUGUAUAUAUAAAUAAAAAGAAGUAAAGUUUGUAAAGGUUUAUAUUAAAUUGCAUGAUAAACGCACAGAAAUAUUAGUUGAGCAUAAUAUAUGUGGCUUAACAUUAAUACCUGUGUUAAUCUUAAACACAAAAUGUGUCCACUAUGCUAAUAUACAAACUGAUGCGUAAUGAUUAGUAUGGAGGAAAGUGAAAAGGUGCUUUAAACGAUAAAAGAGAAAAAUUAUAAAACGCUUGCGAUCUGUUUCUAUAUCAAUAAAAAAAUGAUGAAUACAUUAUUUAUAUAAGAGUUAAGUAAAGUUGAUACUUCGAUGAUUCUAAUGUAAAGAAUAUUGGCAAAGAAUAUUAAAUUCAAACGCAACUUGUUUUCGCAAAUUAGUGCUGUACAAAAUAUGUGUCAAGAAGUUUAUUAUUUUUUAUUAUUUGUCAAACGUUUAUUUAGCGAAUGUGUAUACAAAAGUAUAAUUUCCAACAAUUUUAAGUGCUCCGACAUAAUAGGGACCAAAAAUAUUUUCAGUAUUAAAUCUUUUAAUGGCUAAUACUUUGUAAUGAAACGAUUAUUUUAUGUAAGUUAUAAUUAUAUAGCGAAUUUGACUUCAAUCGAUCGAUUUUUGUAUUUAAUCCUAGAAUUAAUUGAUAUUUUUCGACUCCAAAUAUUGAAUAGCGUUAUAUAUGUGUUUCACGUAUAGAGGACUAAUUUAUAAUUGUAUCAGUUUUGAAGUUGUAAACAAAAUUUAUCACUGUUGGCUUUAAGAAUAUAUUUAUCUGCGCCUAGCAUUAGAGAUCGAAAUAAUAUUUAUAUUUCGUGCACAGCCGUUCACAUUUCAUUGUGGGUUUGCGAUAUGUAAAAAUCAACACUGUACAUCGUUUGCUUACGUAUUAAAUACAAUUAUUAAUAUUGGUAUAAUUAAAUAAAAUAUGUAAUAAAACCGUUAUAAAACACGGUAUCUUGUAUUAGUAUCUUUAUUUGUUUAAAUGGAAUUUCGUAUAGAAUCAUAGCAUAAAAUGCAAUAAAUUGCAUAAAUUUUAUUUAUCAUCAAUGACGAAUCGUUUUUAAAUCUAAUAUUGCAUAUGACCUGAUGAGAUACAUUUUCAUUCGUGUUUCUGUUCGAUAUACGAAUUCUUUUUAAGGGUUAUCAUAUUAUGUUUAUUCAGCAUAUAAAAAUCGGCCAACGAGUAUAAAGUUGAAUGUGAACAUGAAUUAAAAGGAAAACUAUUAUGUUAUGAUAAAUGAAUAUGUUUAUAUGCUUUAGUAAAUAAUUACUUUAUUAUAUUUUUAUGUACAUGCAAGAAGAAAUGACAAACAAGGUGUACUUUCUACCCGA